GCAAGGGGUUCCUGUCCAAUCCAAAGAUCUUCCCCAGACUCUUAUCUCCUAAAAAGGAAAUGCUUUUCAAUAGUUGUAUUUGUUUGUCGAGGACCUAUUGUGGAAGCCAACAGCAGAUGGCGUCUUCUCAGUUAAAUUGGCUUAGAAUUUUGUUCAAGUUAGAUGCAUAAAUCCUGUAUGGAGUUAAUGGGCUUGGAAUAAUUUUAUUCCCACUAAAGUUGUGUUUCAUGUGUCGUUUACUCCAUGCAAGAUUUCUGUGGAUGAUGUGGCUGGUUAGAGCUGCUCAAAAGAAAGGGGCAAACAUCAUUCUCAUUCAGGAACUCUUUGAGGGAUAUUACUUCUGUCAAGCCCAAAGGGAGGAUUUCUUUCGAAGAGCUAAGCCUUAUAAAGGACACCCGACAAUUCUUAGGAUGCAAAAGCUUGCAAAAGAGUUGGGUGUUGUGAUACCUGUGAGUUUUUUCGAAGAAGCAAAUAAUGCUCACUACAAUUCAAUAGCUAUAAUUGAUGCUGAUGGGACUGAUCUUGGGCUGUACAGGAAGUCACAUAUCCCGGAUGGACCAGGCUACCAAGAAAAAUUCUAUUUCAAUCCUGGUGACACUGGCUUUAAGGUCUUUGAAACAAAGUUUGCCAAAAUUGGAGUAGCCAUUUGCUGGGAUCAAUGGUUUCCAGAGGCAGCACGAUCAAUGGUUCUUCAAGGUGCAGAGGUAUUGUUCUACCCCACUGCUAUUGGAUCAGAACCACAAGAUGAUGGACUUGAUUCCUGUGAACAUUGGAAGCGGGUAAUGCAAGGGCAUGCUGGAGCGAAUUUGGUGCCUCUAGUAGCUUCAAAUCGGAUUGGAAAAGAGAUAAUUAAGACAGAACAUGGAGAUAGUGAGAUCAUGUUCUAUGGCAAUUCAUUUAUAGCAGGUCCAACAGGAGAAAUAGUCGCAGCAGCCAAUGAAAAGGAAGAAGACAUUUUGAUUGCUGAAUUCAACCUGGACAAGAUCAAGUCCAAGAGGCAUGGUUGGGGAGUGUUUCGCGAUCGACGUCCAGACCUUUACAAGGCACUUCUGACAUUAGAUGGCUGCAGUCCUCCUCAGUGAUUUAAAUGCACCGCAGAUGGGCUGGUCGCUUGUUUAGUACUGUAGAGGUACUUUGCCUAGCUGCUAUGUUAAAGUUAGGGAAUAAGUUUUUACUGAUGCUGUCCAUCUUUGUAACGUUUUAUCAUUUUUAUAUUUGACUGUAACAUGGGUUUUACCUUAGAUGAUGAUGGCUUUCAGUUUCAGUAAAAAAGACUUGCAAUA